GGGGCGGCGCCUGGCAGUGACGUCAGAGCGGCGCUGCGGCGGGGCGGCUCCCGUGAGGCGGCGCUCGGCGGGGCCGGGCGGAGCUCGGUGGGCAGGGCCGGGGCGGAGGCAGUGCAGCAGCAGUAGCCGCAGCCGCAGCCGCCAGCAGACGGACAGCCCGGCGCCAUGAAGUUCCAGUACAAGGAAGACCACCCGUUCGAGUACAGGAAAAAAGAAGGGGAGAAGAUCCGGAAGAAAUAUCCCGACAGAGUCCCCGUAAUAGUGGAAAAAGCACCCAAAGCCAGAGUACCUGACUUAGACAAAAGAAAGUAUCUUGUGCCUUCCGACCUCACAGUUGGCCAGUUCUACUUCUUAAUCCGAAAGCGGAUCCACCUGAGGCCAGAAGAUGCUUUGUUCUUCUUCGUCAAUAACACCAUCCCUCCCACCAGUGCUACCAUGGGCCAGCUGUAUGAGGAUAACCACGAGGAGGACUAUUUUCUCUAUGUGGCCUACAGCGAUGAGAGCGUCUAUGGCAAGUGAGCAGCAGCCCCCCAGGCAUGCAGGCUGGAUGGACUGAUGGAAUGGGUUGGCAGGGAGGGGGUUGCUGGAGAGGCAGGAGGAGGAUGCAUGAGAAGAGAAAAAGAGAACUGGAAGUGAACCACAUGCACAAUGUCAUCAGCUUCCACGCAUUAAUUAUAACCAUUAUUUUUUAAAGUGAGGGGAGUCAGGGUAGGGGGACAGGGUGAACUUGAAGACUAAUGAGAGGUUCCACACUGGGGGGUGGGGAAACUCCACUGUUCACAAUUCUUCUCUUGCCACAGCUGGAAGUAGUUAGCACUGGAGGCUGCUAGACAAGCCAGCUUAGCAAAGCUCCAGGAGAGUGAGUGACUGGGCAGGAUGGCCAUUUUCAUGUAACCCUGUCAUUGGAUGAAGAAGGCAUGCCAUGUAUUGUACACUGACCUUGUCCUGUCUUGUCCAUGGCUCCCAUUCAGUGAGCUGUGAAACAUUCACUCUGCCCACGCAAGGCUGUCCUGUGCUGACAGCUCUCACUCCAGCUGCUACCUGUGAAUUGUUCCAAGGUUAUUGUGUUUCCCAUCAUUUCUAUCAGUAUUAGAAGGGCUGGUAGCUCUGUCCAUCAGUAUUAGAAGGGCUUACUCUGAGGGCUGGGAACUCCUCAGCUGUGAGACAUGAAGGUUGGGGAAAGGAAGGAAAGAUUCUGCAAUUUUUUUUUCCUUUGUUGCUUUAAUUGCAACUGCUGGACAGAAAAAAUGACCCUUUUGUUCUUUUCAGUGUAGUCAACUGAUAAAUUCAUAAGCACGAGGUUAGAAAGGACCUCAAGAGCCCACACCAGCUCUGAGACAGGACUGAGUAUCCCAAACAUGUCCAUCAUGGCUGCUCAUCAAACUUGUUCGUAUUGAACUUCACUGAGGAAGAUCCUGGAGGCUGCUGAGAUUGCCUGUUCAGUUCCUAGCUAGCCUACAAGUGGGACUGCUUUUCCUGAUACCUAACUUUAGUCACCCUUGCUGUGCAUUAAGGCAACUAACUACUAGUGGUCUUGUUUUUGGUGAACACAGAAAAUUAUCUAUCAGUGUUGUCCUUGUACCAACCAGUCUUCUGCAGAUUUGAAGAUGGCAGAAUUCCUGUUUAGGAAAGGGUUUAGGCUUCCCUUCCAUGUCUCAUCCCUGUACAGCCCUUGCACCACGUGCACAAGCGUAGGAAAUCAGUCACCGCCACACGUGUUUUGCUGGCUUUUUGUGAUUGGGCAACAGUGCCUCUCUAUGCCACAAGAGAGGUUCUUUUAGACUUGAAGGGAAAAGGGAAUAGAUUAUCUGUAGAUUUUUCUCUUAUUUUGUUUUAAGCCAGUGUUGUUCUUAGAAGGAUGUCAGGUGGGUGCUGUCCUGUGCAAGCCUUAUGCUGUCGUGCCAAAGCAGUUUCUUCCUGGUGGCACAAACAGCAGAUUUUCCCAUUACUGCUGUAACUAUGAUGAAGGAAUAGUCUUGGAGAGUGAGCUGACUUUCAGGAAAAUUCUGGGGUCAUAUCUAAAAAUCAGAGAGCUAAGCCUGAAUUACUGUAAACAUUCCUACAUUUAAGAGAGGGACCAAGAGGAAGGACAAGAGAAGAAGGAUGGAGAAUACAGGUGAAUUCCAAAUGAGGUUGAAGGUGCUUGCUCAGUUUACUUACUGUAAAGUUAGAUCACAUUCCCUGUGUUGCUCAGAAAUGAGAAAUCAAGAUGAGUGCUUCUCUGAGUGUGGGGAACAGGAAAUCAGGUUUCAGCCUUCUCUGUUGUUACGUGGAGGUGCAUGAGGCAGGAGAGCUGAUGGGAGUGCCAAGUGAGAGUUACCUGCAGAACUGUGUGAAGGUCAGGGAGGGCAGCGUGGUGGGGCAGGAGGGUUACUGCCUGUAUGGGGGGGAAGUACUAGAAGAAUGGGAGAGAAGGGAGGAACCACCAAGGAUGCAGACAGCGUAGUCAGAAUGGACAGACAGAAAAUGAGGGAGCAGAUGGUGAAGUGGUUGGCAUAAUACCAUCCCCAGUAUUACAUCCUGAACUUCAGGUUUGCUGUUCCAUCCUGUGUUCGUUUGGAAUAAAUGUGUUUGGAUGAGUUGUGCCUACUGCCAACUUAGAUCUAACUUCAGUUUCUGCCUGCACCGCUCAGUCCUCUCUUUUAGACUCACUCUCCUUCAAUUACCAGGCUUUCAUCACAUCCUUUGGGUGCAAAUCUGCAUCAAUCUCUUGUUUUAGGAAGCUUUGAAUGUUCUGAAGCAGAGAACAGACCCAGGAGGCUUUCUAGGAUAAAAGAGAAGACACAGGCAGAUGGUGUGCAUCUCUCUGCUGCUGUCCCACUUGUUCAUGCCAAGCACGUGGUUAAGCACACUCAGGGGAGAAGGAGGUGGCAUCUGGGGUGCUUGGUUUUGUGUUCAGUCCUCCCCUCCCGCUGCUGGGUUUAUAAAUGACACGUAGGACUAAUCACAACUGUUUGUUACGUGUAGAGUUUACAAUUUGAUUUAGUUCUUUUACAGUUCUUUCAACUCAAUUGUGGCAUUUCUGUUUUUGUGCUAGUAUUGUACAAGGUAAUUAUGGUAAUUUUUUUGUGUUGGUUAGCUGCAGGUUCUUGUAAAAUAAAGUUCAGACUAGAGCUUAAUCAACUUAUCAAUAAAGAUGCAUUUGAAAAUCACA